AUGCCUGUGGAAACGCUUCAACACUCCGUGAGGCAACCAACAAAGACUGCUGUUGCUCCUCCACCCCCACGCUUGCGGCCCAAGGGGCAAGUGGGGCUAGAUUUCUACCAGAAGUAUCAAAAAGCUGCGAGCAGACCAAAGCAGAGUGCUGUGGAAAGGCUCGAGGCAGACAAGGCUAAAUAUGUCAAGAGUCAAGUAGCUCUUACCAAGCAGCAGCCAGUCAGGCCUGAAGUGCGUAAGCCUCUACUCAGCCCCAGCUCUGCCCUUUGGCCCACCAGAAAGACCACAGACCCAGCAAAGACAAAGCAGGAAGGAUUACAGCUGGACAUGGAGCACCUGAAUAACCUCAUCAGUGGAGUGAAUGAUGCACCACAGUCUGGAACAACAGCAAAGCCAAAUGACCGUAAACCUCCUUACUGUGCUGCAGCUGUACACAAUUUUCCCCGUCCCACUCCUGCAGGGGCACAGCAGAAAAAGGAGAAGCCGUGUCCGCCUCCACGUCCUGAUAGGUUAGUUGUAGCUAAAGUGAAAUUAAAAGCAUCUGACCCUGCCAACGUAGAGAGCACAAGCUCUCCUGGGCCGCCAGCUGCAGCGACGGUACGGAGAGUGGAUGUCAUGCCUCAGGCCGGCCCUGUGAGGACAGCAGGUAGACGACCUCAGUUAAUUCGACAGCCCCUUCAGCCAAUAUCUCUACAGUCUCACUUUCGACCCGGCCAAGCUGCUUCAAACCUGCACCUCUUUCUCCCUAGAACAACACCAGGUCCUUCUCCUCUGAAACCUGUUAUUGCUCAGUCAAAACCUGAUACCUCUUCCACUUCUCCAGCUGAGACCCCGGUUCCUGCCGCACCUACACUAGGCCACCCUGUUAUACCUCCUCCUUCCCCAGCAAUUACCCGUUUGUCUUCCACCAGCUCCAGGAAACGCCCUUCUCUGUCCCGGUCUAAAUCGGACAUGAGCGACAGGUACUCCCGAGCUGGGACAGAGCUGGAGCGCUUCUUCAACCUGUGCGGCUUGGACCCCACAGAUGUGCAUGAGCUGACUGGAUCUAGCUCUGACAUUGUUUCCAUGGCUCGUUUUCGUAGCGCGAGCGCUCCAGGGUCCGAGUGCGCGGGCUCUGGCCGAGAAGACGAGGAUGAAGACGAGGAGGAGGCUGGCAAAGCUGCAAAUCGUGUUCCCUACGGUGUUUCUGUCAUUGAGAGAAAUGCACGAGUGAUCAAGUGGCUCUAUGGAAUCAAGCAGGACUCAGGUGGUAUUCCUCUGGCCUGCAAGCUGUGUUAUGCUGUGGGUGGGGUUCCACAUCUGAUUACCUCAGUAGCUAUUGGUAUUUCCUUGCAAAUUUUCCUUCUGGAUGUUGUAAAGAUGGAGGCCUUCUAUGUUUCCAUGAUUUUAUUUGUGAGUCGGGCCUGGGAUGCUGUGACUGACCCUCUGGUUGGAUAUCUUGUGAGCCGCAGUAACUGGACGCCCAUUGGCAAACUCACUCCAUGGAUGGUUAUUUCCACUCCAUUUGGCAUCUUGUCCUAUCUGCUUCUGUGGUUUGUGCCACGAGGCUCGAUGUCUGAGACUGUCAGCGUGUUGUGGUUCCUCACAGCGGCUUGCCUAUUCGAGUCCCUCAUGACUUGCUACAACGUCCCCUACCUAUCACUGAAUAUGUUUCUAGGAGGAGAUCAGAGAGACAGGGACUCUGCCACAGCCUACAGAAUGAGUGUGGAGAUGGUGGCAAUGCUGCUGGCAUCAGUAAUUCAGGGACAAGUUGUGGCUGUGUACAAUACAGAGAAGCAGGAGGCCUGCCGGGACUGGGACCAGGACCAUGAAACACCUCAAAGCACGUCUUCACCACAGACUGCUUCCUUUCAACAGACGCAAAAGGCUUUCCUGACCUCAGCGAUGGUCAUGGGGGCCUUGUUUUUCCUCUGCAGCCUGAUUUUGUUCCUCGGGGUGAAGGAGAAGCAGGCCUCUCGCUGCUCUAACGACAAAGUACGACCUUCCUAUCUGAGCUCGCUGAAGAUGCUCAUGUGCCACGUUCCUUACCAGAGGCUGGUGCUGGGCUUUGUGUUUAGUGCAUUUGCCUUUCAGAUGUCCUUGGGUAACUUUGCACUGUUUUGCAGUCAUGCUGCUGGGCUGGGAGCCCAGUUCCAGCACCUCCUGCUGGUUUUACUGGUUUCUGCCUCUGUAGCAGUUCCUGUGUGGCAAAUAAUUCUUCUGAGAAUUGGGAAAAAGUCCACAGUUUUCAUCGGAUUGUCGCUCUUCAUCCCAGCAGUGAUUAUAGUUGCCUGUGUUCCCAGUAACCUGCUGGUCUUCAUGAGUAUGUGCGUUCUGAUGGGAUUCAGUGUGGCAACCAUAUUCCUGCUACCCUGGUCAAUGCUCCCAGACGUGGUGGAUGACUUUGCUGUGAGACACCCGUCCUGUAAGGACCUAGAGCCUCUGUUUUUUUCCUGCUAUGCCUUCUGCAGUAAACUGACAGGAGGGCUGUCUGCUGGACUCUCAACCAUGACAUUACAGUUUGUGGGCUAUGAAGCAGGUGCUUGUAACCAUGGUGACAGAGUGGUGACUGCUCUGAUCGUACUGUUCUCGCCAGUUCCCAUCACACUUCUGCUGAUAGGGAUGGUGUUUUUUCACUUCUACCCAAUUAACGAGAGGCAAAGCUUGCAGCUCCGGGAACAAAUCCAUUCAGAAGUUACAUCAUCAUCUUCAGUGCGAAGAGAAAACACAGAGCUGCCAACAAUCCUGCAGCAGGCCCACGCUGGAGUCACAUCAACAUCUCAUUAUGACUCAAACACAUUAAAAUUUGAGAACUCACCACACUGUUACAGUCAGGAUAAAAAAAAUUCAGUCAAGUCUGUUUGUUCAAAUGUUUCCAACAGAUCUUUUGGAAAUGGCAGCAGGCAUAAAGCAGAUCGGUUAAUUGUAAGUCCUCAAUGUCAUGAACAAAGCCUCAGCCCUCACCAGUGCUCAGGAUGGGCCAAACCGGGCAUAAAUGUUCCUGAGAAUCAUUGUGAGUCUGCCUCUAAGAGGUCACAUGUAAGAGCCAAGGUGUCAUGGGUUUGAGGAGUACAUCCCACAGCAACUGUUUUAGCCUGUUUUAAACAUGAUACAACCUUCAUGUCUGUACUUUUAAAUUUGAUGCUUCAGCAGGGAGUUGGUUCACUUAGUUUAGCAUAUCGUUGGAUCGGCAUAAUCUAGAAAAUGCAUAGCUAAGAAACUAAUGGAGAGUUACAGAAGUCCCAGCCAAGAAAUCUUUGCAGAACACAAGCUUAGUCCCUGCAAACUCCUUGCACACACUGAGUGGAAAAAUAGUUUUAACAGGUCAUGUCUUUAUGUUAGGGUAUCAAUCUGACCUGUUUUAGCAUUAUAUUUAGCAUAGACAAAUAACAUUAGAUUAAAACUUUAUUAACCCCUCAGUUGGGUUCCUCCGGGAAAUUCUGUUUCCAGUAGCACAGCACAGACAGAAGUUGCAAAAGAAUGUAAGCAGAAAUAGAAAUAUACCAUAUAUACACAUAUACACAUACAUAAAUACAGAGACAUAUAUAAAUACAGAGUAUAUAAUAGUGAUUAAUAGGAUAAAUAGGAAUAGGAAUACCAGGGAAUUGCACAUUUCAACUAUUGUGAGACAAUAGUUAGUCUCAGUUAGGCAGCAGAUAUUCUUUAGCAGCAGUGUGUCACACAAAUCAGGUUAUGGCAUUAGUGUUAUGGUGCCAUCACUCCUAACUAAACUAUUUGCUGGUGUGUAUCGGUCUAUUUUAACCUAAACCUCAUUUUUUUCUUCCAGCUCUAACCAAGUAGACUUUCUAGAGAAAAGUAUGGUCACCUGGAAUUUAAGCCUGCAAAUCAUGCAGCUGCCACCAAUUCACCUUCUAAAGGUGGAUUUUUUUUUAAAAAAAGGGAAAUUUCUCAUUAGACUGUACUGCUGCUGCAAUACAUAAAGCCAUCAAUGCCAAAAGACACACGGUGCAUAAUAGGGACAGAGCAGCAUUAUACGAUUCAGUGGGAUGAGAAGGUUUUCAUCUGUAUCAAAGGCUAAGGUCACACAAAGUAACCAAAAAAGUCAGAUGAUGUAAUCCUCUCCGCUCUUUUAAUGCUACCAAGUACUUCCACCUUUGAAUUAUCUAUUUAACACUGCAUUAGAGAUGGGUGCUGGUUUGACUCAGUGGUGUGAUUAGAGCUAAAAAUGGUUACACAUAACUUAUGUAAAGGAAAAGUACAGGCAAAGGUCAUAUAUAGGUUUUUUUUAAUUUUCUACUUUGUGCCACCUCAUUUCAUCUCUCCUCUGUCCUCCUGCCUGUGACCUAAAAGUCAUUCUCAGUGAAGCAUCGUGAAAGAUUUCUCAUCUCCAAAAAUAAAUAUUCAGUAGAGAGUACGAGAAUAGAAAAGGGUCAGCGGACGUGCAAGGAUGCACAGGUAUAACCUUAGAGGAAGUUCUUUCAGCAACUGUGAUGUGAUGUAUAUAAUAGGCAUGACUCUUGGUUAAUUUAAUUCAAAGUAUAUACAGUGUAUAAGCUGUAAUGUAUGUGAAAUAUUCUGCUGGACCGUGCUGUGAUGAGCAGAGAGAAAGUGAGAGUUACAGCUUUUUUAUGUCUUAUACACAGUUUUCAGCACUUUGUGAAUCGCAAUAAAAAAACUCAGUGCAGUAAUGGACAGCAGUUCGCAUUUUUAAACUAAAUAAUAAUUUUCUGGAGGUUAAAAUAUAAGUCUGUAAAGUUGAGAUAGUAUACUCAUGUUGUGUCUGUUCUUUAAGUUACACCAAGGUCAUUCAUUCUCCAGCAGAUGUCCUGUUCCUGAAUUUCAUAUAAAUAAAUU